AUGAAGUUCAACGCUGUUGCCGCGGUUUCUGCCGCCGCUCUCCUUGCUGGCAAUGUCCAUGCUGAGGAGGCCAAGGACGCUGAGGCGUCCUCUGUCACCCCCAAGAUCGCCGCUUUCACCCCUACCUCCAUCAAGGCCGACUUCCUUGAACAGUUCACCGAUGACUGGGAGACCCGCUGGAAGCCCUCUCACGCCAAGAAGGAGACGGAUGGCGAGAAGGAGGACGAGGAGUGGGCCUACGUCGGCGAGUGGUCCGUUGAAGAACCCUCCGUCUUCAAGGGCGUUGAGGGCGACAAGGGUCUUGUUGUCAAGAACGCUGCUGCUCACCACGCCAUCUCGGCCAAGUUCCCCAAGGCCAUCGACAACAAGGGCAAGACUCUCGUUGUCCAGUACGAGGUCAAGCUUCAGAACGGCCUCGAAUGCGGUGGUGCCUACCUUAAGCUUCUCCGCGACAACAAGGCUCUUCACCAGGAGGAGUUCAGCAACACCACGCCACGGGCGAGUACGAGGAGAAGGCAGUGUCCUCCCCCUCCUACGGCCAAGAUCGUUAAGACGACUGAGCUAUACACCCUGAUUGUCAAGCCCGACAACACGUUCAUUAUCAAGCAGAACAACGAGCAGGUCAAGACCGGCUCCCUCCUCGAGGACUUCUUUCCCCCGGUCAACCCUCCCGCGGAGAUUGAGGACCCCAAGGACCGCAAGCCCGACACCUGGGUUGAUGAGGCCCGCAUUGCCGAUCCCGAGGCCAAGAAGCCCGAGGACUGGGAUGAGGAGGCUCCCUUUGAGAUUCUCGACGAGGAGGCCGAGAAGCCCGAGGACUGGCUCGAGAACGAGCCCCUCACCAUCCCUGACCCCGAGGCCCAGAAGCCUGAGGACUGGGACGACGAGGAGGAUGGUGACUGGCUCGCCCCUACCGUGCCCAACCCCGCCUGCGCCGAUAACUCUGGCUGUGGCCCCUGGACCAAGCCGAUGAAGCGCAACCCUGACUACAAGGGCCAGUGGACUCCGCCCUUCAUCGACAACCCCGACUACAAGGGCGUCUGGGCCCCCCGCAAGAUCAAGAACCCCGACUUCUACGAGGACAAGACGCCCGCCAACUUUGAGCCCAUUGGCGCCAUUGGCUUUGAGAUUUGGACCAUGCAGAGCGACAUUCUGUUUGACAACAUCUAUGUCGGCCACUCGAUCGAGGACGCCGAGAAGCUCGCCGAGGAGACGUUCAAGCCCAAGCACGCCGUUGAGAAGUCGCUCGAGGAGGCGGCCAAGCCCAAGCAGGAGGAGAAGCCGGCGUCGCCCAGCGACCUCAAGUUCACGGACGACCCCGUCACGUAUGUCAAGGAGAAGGUCGACCUCUUUGUGACGAUUGCGCAGAAGGACCCAUUGAGGCCAUCAAGUUUGUUCCCGAGGUUGCCGGUGGCUUCGCGGCGCUCUUCGCCACGCUCCUCGUCCUUAUUGCCAGCUUCGCGGCGGGCGGUGGCAGCGCCGCCCCCGCUGUCAAGAAGGCGGCGGGCGACGCCAAGGCGGCGGCCAAGGACGUCAAGGACAAGGCGACCAAGGCGGCUGCUUCGGGCGCGGAGACUGUCAAGCAGGAGGCCAACAAGCGCACUACCAGGAGCCAGUCGUAGAUGGAGUGGCGGCGCGGAUGGUGGCACGAGGACUGCGAGGGUCCCCUCCCGGCCGGCAUGGACGGGAGCGGUGGCCUGUAGGGGGAGCGUCACAAUGACGAGCAGGGAAGAAAAGAGAGCGGACACGAAGCAAAGGUUGAUCAGUUCUUUCCCCCCUUAUCGAUUGAUUCCCUCGGAGAUGCAUGAUGUAUUUGGUCAGUGUAACUGGGGGGGAACAAGAGGAGCUCUGGCGCAGUAG